AUGUCAUCAUCCGCAGUCGUCGGCAUUGGGGCAGGCAUUGGAGCACUCUUCCUCUGCGCUGCGUGCUUCGUUAUCUUCCAGAUAUACAAGCGCAAACGCGAACAUAAUAGAGAAAUUGCCGAGAUUGAACAAGGCUUCCCUCCUGCACGCCCUGUGGAAGUCACACAACUGCAAGGACCUGGCGCAUGUCAAUUGCCAUUCGUCCCGUCGUAUGUACCAUGUGGAGGAUGGGGUGCAUUGGCUUCAACAGAGACGAUAAACCAUCUACCACCGUUCGCGCAAGUCAACAAUCGAAUUCAUCCGGCUUUCAUCUUUCCUGAAGAGCAGACGCGGACGACAUGGAAUUUCCCUGGACGAAGACCACGAAUAGGACGCAUGCCAUCUGGCGCUAGGAGACUACAAGCUCUUUCGGCCAUCAUUGAGAGUCCGCGAGGUGGAACUCCGGGUGCAGGUUCAAGAGCUUCGCCAUCUGCCGCGAAGGGUGGUGCUGUGAGAGAGCAAGAGAUUCAGUCCGCCUCAGUGGAGCAGUUGAUUGCAAAACCAGAGAUUGCUCGAACAGACUCGCCACAGAUACCUCCUCGUUCAUCGUCGCGACCGAUACAGCUCAGCGAUGAGCCUCCGCCAAAACCAUUGAUGAGGGAACCAUCUCGACCUCGGGCAGCUCGAUCGAAGUCACUGGGAACAGUCUCCGAUCCAAACAAGCCUAAUUCGACUACCACAUUCGCAUCAGCCCCUGGUCCGGCUCCAACUGGACCACUACCUCCUCUACCACCUCUACCAAGAAACAUCAGUCGUCAAAGUGAUUACAAUCCUGCCAAUCGCCAUAGCGCUCUGGGUAUACCUUCUGCGAAACAUAGUGAGAGCACAUCAACUAGUGUGAGCAGCAGUCCCGAGCGUAACUGGGAACGCAUUGUGAGCUCUGAGAAUGUCAACUUUAUACCAGAAUACAAGAACACUCAGAAAUCGCUGUCAAUCGACGACACUGCAGCAGAAGCAGGGGCGGAGGAUUCCUCGGGCGGUGGCAACUCGAGACCGGCAAGCUACAUUGGUCACAGAAGGAGCGUUGUGUGUUUGAGCAUCAUUUCAAAUGGCAGCAAGCGCAACUCUUGCUCCAGUCUUGCGUCUACUCUGGAGAAACAGUCGAACAGACUGUCUAUACCACAAAUUCUCAAUGUCGACCGUAUCAGCAUCAGUCGUGUGUCUUCAUCUGGCUCUCUUAGUAGUAGCAGCGGCGGUGUCACUAUGGUCAGCACACCGAGACGGCAUACAGGAUCUUCAAGAGUAUCGGCAACCGGAUCACCAUCAGAGAAGGCCAAAUCAAGUGUUCUACGCGCUGUGUCAGGAAAUGCCGGUUCGCCACAAAGGCCGAUGAAGAGUGCCUUGAGAGAUUCAAAGGCCGAUGGCAUGCCGAAGUGGGAGAAAUCAAUGUUCGGACCUAAGCAUUCAAUCCUGAAAGGCAGUCCCAGUGCAAGAAAAGGACAUCGCAGACAAAACUGUGUUCGCUUGUCAACACUUGCACCUACUGUUCUGGGACCUGGAUCUCGAAGUGGAUCAGCUAGCCCUCCAUCAAACGGGAUCCAGGGAGAGUUGUCAGAUCGUAAUUUCGGUCCAGUCGCUGAAAAGCAUCUCAAUGGCGAUGUAACGCUGCGACCUCGUACGAUCAUGGAUCCGUUGAGGUUACGAGCAUCGCUCACACCGAGCUCUCCAACCCUAUCUAUGGUGGCAUACCAAAACGAGCCAUUACCGUGGAACAGCGAGGUCAACUCAAGACGUGCAUCAUACGUGUCGCAAGGAGUCAAAUCGCCGUUGUCACGAGAGGCUUCGUUAUUCAGUAUACCAAGCCUUCCUGAUAUGAGCCAUGUUGGUCAAGACGAAGAUGCUCAACAAGGAUCUGAAACUCCUACAAUUGAGUUCACCCGCCCAUCAACUGAAUGGUCGGAACAUGAGCGUACUCCUCCUUUCGGACUUCGUGUUACACCAAGCAGCUCAAAGCGUUCUGUCUACAAUCCUGAAUCGUCUCCACCAUUACCUUCUUGGUCGCAUAAGUAUGACCCUUCUUGGCCAAUGCUAGUGACGAACCCACCUGCAAGUAGACAAGAAUACGAUGUUAACAGACCGAUUUCGGUAUACUCUUCAGAUGAAGACAGCAGUUCGACCAAUUUUCCCUUCGCUGUCAAAGAUGAACCCGCUUCAGCCGAUUGGUCUUCACCACUGUCAUUCUUGGGCGACUACGAAGAGGAAGAAGAGGAGGUAAAAUGGUCACAAAGUGACAAAGAAAACGACUCGCCCUAUGUUAGUGCAGGUGCGCUUGAGCGUAUCCGCUCACCUUUCGAAUCUAUGCCUAUCCUGCGUCCUCAUACCUCGUUCAUGGAAGAUCUAGAUGCGAGCCUGCCUUCUCCGCCAGCAUCGCCCAACUCUAGUAUCUGCAAGACUCCUCCACUCCUCUGUCGUACAGUCAGCAAUGUCAGCAACACAAUUCCUAGCGCAAAGCCAUCCAACCCGAACAGUAGCGCUCAACGUCAGAACCGUCGUAGCAGUAGUAUCAGCCCGCGUCGUCGCAGUGGCAGCUCAAGCCCUAAUCGUCGUAGUGGUGGUAUUGAGAAGCCAUCUUCUCGCAGCAAGCGCGUUACAGGUCCUCGUGCUCAGCCACCCAAAGACAUUCGUAAGAGUAUCAUGGCUUUGAGACGCAUGAACUCAUCACUGCAAUUCUCGGCGGACGAAAUGGGCGAAGGCUCGCAACGUUAUCUCCAUCUGGGCCGUGAAGCAUCUCCCAAACUACCCUUUGACUUCGGCUUCGAGAACUCCGACAACGAAGAUGACCCACCCAAGGACAUUUUGUUUGAACAGGAAGAAGAAGACCAAGAAGAAGAAAAGGAGAGUAGAGCAUGCCAAUACGUCACCUACUCACCUACCAAACCAGUAUUGAGUCUCCUCACUACAUUACCCGAAGCAUCAAGGACACCACGCACACAACUUUCCGUCUGGGACAACGGUGAAGGCUAUUGGAACGAGCAAGAACGUCGCGUCACUGAAGCCGUAACGUCCAGUCCUGUAGAUACACCCACAAAUGCCUUGGACAGAAUGCUUGGUUGGGAAGGUAAAGAUGAACAGCAGAUCUCUCCCGUCGAUUCGGGAAAGGGCAACGCAAUGGGCCUACAGGUUUUGAACGAAGGAGAGGAAACCACGACUUGGGACAAGAGAAAGAGCAAAGCCAUGGAGACGCCAAAGAGUGUCAAGAGUUUGUACGAUCAACAAGGAUUCUUCCAAAGUCCAUAAGCCCAAGGAUAUCAUGGGCUACUUCUGAAG